CAGCAUUAUUCACAUGUGAAUAAUAUAGUCUAUUAUACAGCAAUAUUCACAUGUGAAUACUAUAAAUAGUCUAUUAUACAGCAUUAUUCACAUGUGAAUAAUAUAAAUAGUCUUUUAUACAGCAAUAUUCACAUGUGAAUAAUAUAGUCUAUUAUACAGCAUUAUUCACAUGUGAAUACUAUAAAUAGUCUGUUAUACAGCAUUAUUCACAUGUGAAUACUAUAGUCUAUUAUACAGCAAUAUUCACAGGUGAAUAAUAUAAAUACAGUCUAUUAUACAGCAUUAUUCACAUGUGAAUAAUAUAGUCUAUUAUACAGCAAUAUUCACAUGUGAAUAAUAUAAAUACAUUUACAGUACAUGUACAGUCAAAAGGAACAUAUGCAUUAUACAGUCUGAUGGCUGUCAGUAUGAAGGAUAAUGAAUAUUUAGCACCCCUCGCAACCCCAAAAUGGACAAGCAGUAGAAAAUGGAUGGAUAGUUAGAAUGGUAAUAUAUAAUUUUGAAUGGACUGUUUGCCCACAAAAAUAAAAUAUGAAGGUAAAUCGAUGAGCAUGCAUUAGAUGUAUUUUAAAAAUCAAAGUCCCAUUAGGGUGUGUUGAAACGUGUCCUCUGCAUUUGACCCACCACCCUGGGAGGGGAGGGGAGCAGUGAGCAGCAGCAUGCGCCACGCUCGGGAAUCAUGUGGUGAUUAAACCGCAUACCCUCCUGAAUAAAAUAGCAAUUUUAAUACACGCGAUAUCAGCAGCAUUGUAAUGGAACUGCAUUGCUAAAUUUGGAAGUCCAAGUAGAAUAAGUGUGUGAGUACAGUACGUCAACACGUAAAGAGGGUGAGAAUAAAACUUUCGGGGCGAAAAUGUGAACACAAUAGGGUUAAUUAAAAAGGGCUACAUAAUGUGGUGGUUUAAAAACUGUAAUGACACCAUGAGCCCACUAGAUGGCAGCACAGAAAGGGGGAAGACGUCAAGGCUGCAGUCGUAAAAGUGCUGACUCAGCACACAGUGCAGCAUGCAUUAGAAACAUGUGGUCAUGGCAAAUGUUGACCUUGAUAUUUUUAGCCUCCAGGUGGCUGUAGGCUGCGUGCGCAGGCAGGAAGUGAGUCAUCUCCAGCUGCUCCACGGCGGGACAAGUCACCUUACAGGGUUGGAAAAUCUAUAUAGCAAACUACAAUGUGAAUAGAAUGACAUUCAUUGGAGGUCAUGCUGGAAAUCACUGAAAGCGGCUCCUUCUUUCACACAUGUUUCUAGAAACAGUUUCCAUGCCGAAGUAGCUGCAGAAAAAGUGUGGCCCCCAGGUCUGGGAGCACCGUUGUUCUUAGGAACCGUCUUGUUGCCAGGGUCCUGUACUGUGUUUACCUGUGUACUAUUUGUUUUGGUGGAUUUUGUUCUGUGAGUGACAUUCCCAGAGCCAUAAAGGAUGCUGUGUCAGAUCACUGAGUGUUGUUGCCCGUCAACCAGCUCCAAGAUCAGAGCGCCAUCACGCCCACAUCUGCACAUCUUAGGGGGAAACAACGCAAGUGAAAGCCGUCCAGCCCAGAACUGAUCCUGAGUCAGAUCUUUCCAAGUGAGCAGGACCUCCGAGGCGAGGCGGCGAUAAGACGACAGGAAGUUGGUGGGCGUGAAAUAGUUGUGGUGAUGUGGGACUUUUCUGCAUUCACACAAUGGACACACUUUUUUUUAAUCAGGCACUGGUGAGGACGCCCACACAUCUGGGUCGUCCAGCUGCUCGUUAGGAUGUUGUUGAGCACAAAAGUCCUGCAGAAACACUUCAGUUUUUCUUUCACUUUCAACAUUUCAAAAGAAGCACACAUCCCGAGUGUCAAUAACUCCUCACAAUUCAUCUCAAAAUACACAAAAAUCAUUUCUGAACAAAAAAGUAUUUGCCACCAAAAAUUCUGAUUCAUAACCUAAAAAAGUUGAUUUGCAAGUAGAAAAAUAUUUUCCAUUACAAAACGAUUUGAAACAAAAAAAAUAUACACAUUUUGCAACCCAAAAACUAAAGAAAAGAUUUGCAACAAAAAUCAUUUAUUAACAAAAAUCAAGAAAAAAUAGACCCAAAAAUUGAAGAUUUGUAACCCAUGAAAAUACAUUUUUGCAACCAAGAAAAGUUUUUAAAAAUUUGCAACCACCCAAAAAAUGUAUGACCAAAAAACUAUUUGCAACCAAGAAAAGAUUUGCAACCAAAAGAAACAAUUUAUAAACAACAACAAAAAAAGGAAAAAAAUAGACCAAAACAUUUCAGAUUUGUUACCAAUGAAAAUACAUUUUGCAGUCAAGGAAAGUUUAAAAAAACUUUGCAACACCCAAGAAAAUGUAUGACCAAAAAAUUAUUUUGCAACCAAAAGAAACAAUUUAUGAAUAAAAAAAAAACAUGAAAAAUUGACCAAAAAAUUUAAGCUUUGUAUUUAAAAAAAAAAAAAACAUUUUUGCAGCCAAGGAAAGUUUAAACAACCCCAAAAAAAAUGUUUGCCCAAAUAACUAUUUUGCAACCAAGAAAAGUUUUUUUGUCAAUUUGCAACUCCCCAAAAAAUGUAUGACCAAAAAACUGUUUUGAAACAAAGAAAAUAUUUGCAACCAAAAGAAAUAAUCUAUAAACAAAAAGGGAAUACAAAUAGACCAAAAAUUUAAGAUUUGUCACCCCAGAAAAUAAUUUUUUGCAACCAAGAAAAGUUUUUGAAAAUGUGCAACCCCCCAAAAAAAUGUAUGACCAAAAAACUAUUUGCAACCAAAAAUCCUGAUUCAUAACACAAAAAAAUAUUUUAACCCAAAGAGCUGAUUUGCAAGCAAAAAUUAAUAAAACAAAACAAAACAAAACAAUGAGAAAAAAAAAAAAAAAAUUGUGACUAAAAUCUAUUUUGCAACCAAAAGAAACAAUUUAUAAACAAAAAAACAAGAAAAAUAGACCCCAAAAUUGAACAUUUGUAACCAAAGAAAAACAUAUUUGCAGCCCAAAAUUUUUUUAACGUUUCAAACACCCCAAAAAAUGUAUGACCAAAGAAAGUAUUUGCAACCAAAAAUCCUGAUUCAUGAUAUAAAAAACUAUUUCAACCCAAAAAGUGGAUUUGCAAGCAGAAAAAUAUUUUCCAUUACAAAACGAUUUGAAACAAAAAAAAUAUACACAUUUUGCAACCCAAAAACUAAAGAAAAGAUUUGCAACAAAAAUAAUUAAUUAACAAAAAUCAAGAAAAAUAGACCUAAAAAUUGAAGAUUUGUAACCCAUGAAAAUACAUUUUUGCAACCAAGAAAAGUUUUAAAAAAUUUGCAACACCGCAAAAAAUGUAUGACCAAAAAACUAUUUGCAACCAAGAAAAGAUUUGGAACCAAAAGAAACAAUUUAUAAACAACAACAAAAAAAGGAAAAAAUAGACCAAAACAUUUCAGAUUUGUAACCAAUAAAAAUAAAUUUUGCAGUCAAGGAAAGUUUAAAAAAACUUUGCAACACCCAAGAAAAUGUAUGACCAAAAAACUAUUUUGCAACUAAGAAAAGAUUUGCAACCAAAACAAACAAUUUAUAAAUAAAAAUAAACAGGAAAAAUUCAGGCGCCAGCGCCCCCUGCAACCUCAAAAGGGAAUAAGCAGUAGAAAAUGGAUGGAUGGAUGGAAAAAAUUACCCAAAAAUUUAAGAUUUGUAACCAAAAAAAUAAAUUUUUGCAGCCAAGGAAAGUUUAAAAAACUUUGCAACACCCCCCAAAAAAAUGUUUGACCAAAUAACUAUUUUGCAACCAAGAAAAGUUUUUUUUUAAUUCGCAACUCCCCAAAAAAUGUAUGACCAAAAAACUGUUUUGAAACAAAUAAAAUAUUUGCAACCAAAAGAAAUAAUCUACAAACAAAAAGAGAAUAAAAAUAAACCAAAAAUUUAAGAUUUGUAACCCCAAUAAAAGAAUUUUUUUGCAACCGAGAAACGUUUUUGAAAAUUUGCAACCCCCAAGAAAAUGUAUGACCAAAAAACUAUUUGCAACCAAAAAUCCUGAUUUAUAACCCAGAAAACUAUUUUAACCCAAAGAACUGAUUUGCAAGCAAAAAAUAAUAAAACAAAACAAAACAAUUUGAGAAAAAAAAAUACAUUUUGUGACUAAAAUCUAUUUUGCAACCAAAAGAAACAAUUUAUAAACAAAAAAAACAAGAAAAAUAGACCCCAAAAUUGAAGAUUUGUAACCAAAGAAAAACAUAUUUGCAGCCCCAAAAAUUUUUAACGUUUCAAACACCCAAUAAAAUGUAUGACCAAAGGAAAUAUUAUCAACCAAAAAUCCUGAUUCAUAAUCUAAAAAACUAUUUCAACCCAAGAAGUUGAUUUGCAAGCAGAAAAAUAUUUUCCAUUACAAAACGAUUUGAAACAAAAAAAAUAUAUACAUUUUGCAACCCAAAAACUAUUUUGCAACCAAGAAAAGAUUUGCAACCAAAAUAAAUAAUUUAUAAACAAAAAUCAAGAAAAACAGACCUAAAAAUUGAAGAUUUGUAACCCAUGAAAAUACAUUUUUGCAACCAAGAAAAGUUUUAAAAAAUUUGCAACUCCCCAAAAAAUGUAUGACCAAAAAACUAUUUGCAACCAAGAAAAGAUUUGCAACCAAAAGAAACAAUUUAUAAACAAAAAAAUAAGAGGAAAAAAUAGACCUAAACAUUUCAGAUUUGUUACCAAUAAAAAUAAAUUUCGCAGUCAAGGAAAGUUUAAAAAAACUUUACAACACCCAAGAAAAUGUAUGACCAAAAAACUAUUUUGCAACUAAGAAAAGAUUUGCAACCAAAAGAAAGAAUUUAUAAAUAAAACAAAACAUGAAAAAUUUACCAAAAAAUGUGAGAUUUGUAACCAAAAAAAUACAUUUUUGCAGCCAAGGAAAGUUUAAAAAGCUUUGCAACACCCAAAAAAAAAUGUUUGACCAAAUAACUAUUUUGCAACCAAGAAAAGUUUGUUUUUUUAAUUUGCAACUCCCCAAAAAAUGUAUGACCAAAAAACUGUUUUGAAACAAAGAAAAUAUUUGCAACCAAAAGAAAUAAUCUAUAAACAAAAAGGGAAUACAAAUAGACCAAAAAUGUAAGAUUUGUCACCCCAAAAAAAGAUUUUUUUGCAACCAAGAAAAGUUUUUGAAAAUUUGCAACCCCCCAAAAAAAUGUAUGACCAAAAAACUAUUUGCAACCAAAAAUCCUGAUUCAUAACACAAAAAAAUAUUUUAACACAAAGAGCUGAUUUGCAAGCAAAAAAUAAUUACAAAUAAACAAUUUGAGACUAAAAUCUGUUUUGCAACCAAAAGAAACCAUUUAUAAACAAAAAACAAGAAAAAUUGACCCUAAAAUUAAAGAUUUGUAACCAAAGAAAAACAUUUCUGCAGCCAAGAAAAGUUUUCAACGUUUCAACACCCCAAAAAAUGUAUGACCAAAGAAAGUAUUUGCUACCAAAAAUCCUGAUUCGUAACCAAAAAACUAUUUGAAACCUAAAAAGUUGAUUUAGAAGCAUCAAAAUAUUUGCCAGCAUAAAACGUUUUUGCUAAAAAAACAAUUUUAAACAAUAAAAAAUACAUUUUGUGACCCAAAAACUAUUUUGUAACCACGAAGAGAUUUGCAACCAAAAGAAACAAUUUAUAAACAAACAAAUGAGAAAAAUACGGCAAAAAAUUUAAGAUUUGUAACCAAAAAAGUAUUUUUUUCAACCUACAAAAGUUUUGUAAAAUUUGCUACCCCCCAAAAAAUGUAUGACUGAAAAAUAUUUGCAACUAAAAAUCCUGAUUCAUAACCCAAAAACUAUUUCAACCCAAAAAACUGAUUUGCAAGCAAAACAUAUUUGCCACCAUAAAACGAUUUGAAACAAAAAAUACAUUUUGCGACCAACCAAGUUUUUGCAACCAAAAAAAGAUUUGCAACCAAAAUAAACAUUUUAUAAACAAAAACAAGAGAAAAAUAGACCAAAAAAAAUGAAGAUUUGUAAUCAAAAACGUAUUUUUAUUUUUGCAGCCAAGAAGUUUUAAAAGAUUUGCAACAACCUAAAAAACGUCUGACCAAAAAACUAUUUUAACCCAAAAAGUUGAUUAGCAAGCAAAAAAAUAUUUGCCACCACAAAACAAUGUUUUACCCCCAAAAAAACGAUUUGAGACCAAAAAAAAAAAAUUUUGCGACCCCAAAAAAUAUUUUGCAACCAAAAGAAACAAUUUAUAAACAAAAAAACAAGAAAAGUAGACCAAAAAAAUGUAAGAUUUGUAACCCAAAAAAUAUAUUUUUUGCAACCAAGAAUAGUUUUUAAAAAGUUGUAACCCCAAAUAAAUGAAUGACCAAAAAAAUAUUUGCAACCAAAAGCCUAAGUUGUAACACAAAAGCUAUUUUCACCUAAAAAGAUGAUUUGCAACUAAAGAAAAAAACUAUUUGCAACCAAAAAUCCUGAAUCAUAACACAAAAAAACUAUUUUUACCCAAAAAGUUGAUUUGCAAGCAGAAAAAUACUUGCCACCAAAAAACGAUUUGAAACAAAAAAAAAUACAUUCUGCAACCAAAAAUCUAUUUUGCAACCACGAGAAAAAUUGCAACCAAAAAAAAACAAUUUAUAAACAAAAAACAAGAAAAAUAGACCAAAAAAUUCAAGAUUUGUAACCUCGAAAAAUUAUUUUUUGCAACCAAGAAAAGUUUUUAAAAAUUUGCAACCCCCCUCCAAAAAUCCUGAUUCAUAGUCCAAAAAACUAUUUUAACCCAAAAAGUUGCAAGCAGAAAAAUAUAAAUAUGAAGAGCAGGAUGGCAGAUGAUCAUGUGUGUAGUUGUAAAAGAGCAGGAUGGCAGAUGAUCAUGUGUGGAGUUGUAAAAGAGCAGGAUGGCAGAUGAUCAUGUGUGGAGUUGUAAAAGAGCAGGAUGGCAGAUGAUUAUGAGUGUAGUUGUAAAAGAGCAGGAUGGCAGAUGAUCAUGUGUGGAGUUGUAAAAGAGCAGGAUGGCAGAUGAUCAUGUGUGUAGUUGUAAAAGAGCAGGAUGGCAGAUGAUCAUGUGUGGAGUUGUAAAAGAGCAGGAUGGCAGAUGAUCAUGUGUGGAGUUGUAAAAGAGCAGGAUGGCAGAUGAUCAUGUGUGGAGUUGUAAAAGAGCAGGAUGGCAGAUGAUCAUGAGUGGAGUUGUAAAAGAGCAGGAUGGCAGAUGAUCAUGUGUGGAGUUGUAAAAGAGCAGGAUGGCAGAUGAUCAUGAGUGGAGUUGUAAAAGAGCAGGAUGGCAGAUGAUCAUGUGUGGAGUUGUAAAAGAUCAGGAUGGCAGAUGAUCAUGUGUGUAGUUGUAAAAGAGCAGGAUGGCAGGUGAUCAUGUGUGUAGUUGUAAAAGAGCAGGAUGGCAGAUGAUCAUGUGUGUAGUUGUAAAAGAGCAGGAUGGCAGAUGAUCAUGUCACCUAUGAAGCAGCUGAGUAUUUCCCCCACACUUGAAGACACUUGAUUAAAAAUAGCAGUGGCAGUGUCAAUAAGAGCAGCCAUGGCGGGCGUGCCGGGAAGAAAGCAUGUGCUGAAAAAGGAUCAGUGAGGUCGCUGGCAGCCAUGGCGGGAUAUUGAUUGUGUAUUUGUUUAUUUGCUGGGAGCCACGCCCUGAUCAUCUUUCUGGAAGUCAGGAGCAGCACACAGGAAGUGUCAUGUCAUCCUUGUUGCUCUGAUCUCUAAGUUGCCAUGGAACUUGUCACCACUAAACAUGACGUCAUGAAUAAACAUCUGGUUUGAAAGGACUAAGGAUGACAUCAUGAAUAAACAUGUUUGAAAGGAUUAAAUACUCCAGCACCCCCCAAAAAGGGACAAGCGGUAAAAAAAUGGAUGGAUAGAAUUAACCACUACUCAUAAGUGUAAAAAAAAAACAACAUUAUGAGGUGGCAACUUGUCCAGGGUGUACCCUGCCUUCCACCUGAAUGCAGCUGAGAUGGACUCCAGCACACCCCCCCCCCAAAAAAGGGACAAGCGGUAAAAAAAUGGAUGGAUGAAUUGAUAGUUUUAACCACUACUCAUAAGUGUAAAAAAAACAUUAUGAAAUGGCGAUUUGUCCAGGGUGUACACCGCCUUCCACCCAAAUGCAGCUGAGAUGGGCUCCAGCACCCCCUAAAAAAGGGACAAGCGGUAGAAAAUGGAUAGAUGGAUAGUAUUAACGCCAACAUGUAAGUGUAAAAAAAACAACAACAUUAUGAGGUGGCGACUUGUCUAGGGCUUACCCCGCCUUCUGCCUGAAUGCAGCUGAAAUAGGCUCCAGCACCCCCCGUGACUCCCCCAAAAAAGGGACAAGCAGUAGAAAAUAGAUGUAUGGAUAGUAUUAACCGCAACUUGUAAGUGUUAAAAAAACAACAUUAUGAAGUAGCGCCUUGUCCAGGGUGUAUUCCGCCUUCCACCUGAAUGCAGCUGAGAUGGGCUCUGGCACCCCAAAAAAGGGACAAGCGGUAGAAAAUUGACAAAUGGAUGCAUAGUAUUAACCACUACUCGUAAGUGUAAAAAAAAAAACAUUAUGAGGUGGCGACUUGUCCAGGGUGUAUCUGCCUUCCACCCGAAUGCAGCUGAGAUGGGCUCCAGCACCCCCUAAAAAAGGGACAAGCGGUAGAAAAUGGAUGGAUGGAAUGAUGGAUAGUAUUAACCGCAACAUGUAAGUGUAAAAAAAACGCCAACAACAUUAUGAGGUGGCGACUUGUCUAGAGCUUACCCCACCUUCUGCCUGAAUGCAGCUGAAAUAGGCUCCAGCACCCCCCGUGCCCCCCCCCCCCCCCCCCCCAAAAAGGGACAAGCGGUAAAAAAUAGAUGUAUGGAUAGUAUUAACCGCAACUUGAAAGUGUAAAAAAACCAACAACAUUAUGAAGUAGCGACUUGUCCAGGGUGUACCCAGCCUUCCACCUGAAUGCAGCUGAGAUGGGCUCUGGCACCCCCAAAAAAGGGACAAGCGGUAGAAAAUUGACAAAUGGAUGCAUAGUAUUAACCACUACUCGUAAGUGUAAAAAAAAAAAAACAAUGAGGUAGAGACUUGUCCAGGGUGUACCCCGCCUUCCACCCAAAUGCAGCUGAGAUGGGCUCCAGCACCCCCCCAAAAAAGGGACAAGCAGUAGAAAAUGGAUGGAUGGACAGUAUUAAUCACUACUCGUAAGUGUAAAAAAAACCACACAUUAUAAGUUAGCGACUUGUCCAGUGUGUACAGCGCCUUCCACUUGAAUGCACCCCCACAAAAAAAGGACAAGCGGUAGAAAAGGAUUUAUGGAUGGUAAUAACCGCAACAUGUAAGUAUAAACAAACAUUAUGAGGUUGCGACUUGUCCAGGGUGUAUACCGCCUUCCAUCCGAAUGCAGCUGAGAUCGGCUCUAGCCCCCCCGAGACAAUCCACAAAAAGGGACAAGCGGUAUAAAUGGAUGGCGGGUGUACCUAAUGUUGUGUCCAUCAGGUCAUCGAGGAGAUGACGCAAGCCAAUCACAGCGGGGGGUUGUCUCACUGCCGCCCGGCGCGUGUCUGCAGAGACGCGGGUCGCCGCUGGACGGAAACACGCCAGUUGUUAUUUUUACGUGGCGGUGGUCGACAUACCUGCUCGGUGAUGAUGCCGCGUGUGUGCGGCGGACGCUGCCUGGUCUCGGCGUGCCUUCUAUCCGCCUGCGACGCCCUCCGGAGCUGCGGGGAGGUGCAGUGCGGCUCCGGCCAGCAGUGCUGCCCGCCGCCGGUGACGGGGAACGGCAGCAGCAGCAGCGUGGCCGCGGUCCGCUGCUGCAAACUCCCCAUCCACGUCUUCUUCGACAACGUGGGCUGGUUCACCAGGAAGUUGUCCGGCAUCCUCAUCCUGCUGCUGCUCUUCGCCAUGGGUUACUUCAUCCAGCGCGUCGUCUGCCCGCGGCCGCGCCGGCACCGGCAGCAGCAUCAGGACCGCGGCGAGGAGCCGGACUCCCUCUUCGGCGGGCGGACCUCCGCGUCGCAGGACUCCCUGCUGGAGCGGCGCUACCCGGGCUGCACCCCGGUGGACGUGGACGUGGCCUCGCCCAGCCUGCCCGCCUACGACGAGGUGAAGUACCUGCCCACGUACGAGGAGAGCAUGCGAGAGAUGCACCGGGACCGCUCCGAUGACAACUUGCUGGCCGAACACGAGGGGGGCAGCGCGGGCAGGGGGAGGGCAGAGCCGCCGGGGGUCGGAGACCAAAGACCGGACGUCGUAGAAAGGACGUCCAGGAACUGAUGGAAGUCUCACACUGACAAUAAUCUUUUUUUUUUUUGGACCAUUUCAACAUUUAGGGGGAUUUUCUUCGUUUUCUCAAGUGCAAUUUGAUGAGUGAAUGUUGACAGGGGCUGACCACGUGACAAUCCAAAUAAUAGCAUGCUUGUCAGCAUGAAAUCACAUUUUAUUAUGUUUUUAUUAUUAUUGCGGGGACGGUGUGGCGCCGUUUUGAGGGGGGCCGUGCCAGCGACCUGAGGGUUCCUGGUUCGAUCCCCACCUUCUACCAACCUCGUCACGUCCGUUGUGUCUUUGAGCAAGACACUUAAUUCACCCUUGCUCCUGAUGGGGCGUGGUUAGGACCAGCUCCCGCCAUCAGUGCGUGAAUAAAUGUGUGAAUGAACCUUCAAGCUUGUACCUUGAAGGUACAAGCUUGAAGCUAUACAAGUAUAACCCGGUUACCAUUUAUUUACCAUUUUUCAACAACCUCAACAAGUGGGGACCAGAAAGUCCUUCACAUUUCCCAAACAAGUCGUUUUCGGGUGUAAUGGACUCUUUACCGCCUACCAGUCCAUGUCUGAGGGCUGUUCAUCCGCACACCGUGCAGGACCAAAUGUACUCAAUAAACCAGUCACUUUCAAGGCUAUUUUGUAUCAGAA